GUCAAGUGGGAGCCUGGAGUGGGAGACGCCACCGGAACCGCUGCAGAGCAGCGGAGGAUCCCUGGAGGUUUUCCCUCUGACCCAGGUCCAGUUGCCCUCCGGCCCCUCCCCUCCCCGCCUGGUUCCGAGAGCCAUGGGUAGCUUGAGGCAACGCUUCCACAGGUUUAUGGAACAGAGAAACUUUGUCACCACUACCCUGGGAAAGCUGGAGGAGGUGACGGGUAUCCAAAAGAACUACUUGGCUUCAGGAAUUAUUGCCUUCCUGGGCCUCUAUCUUAUAUUUGGUUAUGGUGCUUCCCUGCUUUGCAAUCUCAUCGGAUUCAUCUACCCCGCAUAUGCCUCCAUCAAGGCCAUUGAAAGUCCUGACAGAGAAGAUGAUACCAUCUGGCUAACCUACUGGGUGGUGUAUGGCAUGUUUGGCCUGGCUGAGUUUUUCUCUGACAUCUUCCUUUUCUGGUUCCCCUUUUACUAUGCAGGGAAGUGUGCAUUCUUGCUGUGGUGCAUGCUUCCACUGGCCUGUAAUGGCUCUCAGUUCCUGUAUAAUCGCCUGAUCCGCCCCAUUUUCCUGAGGCACCAGGCAUCCAUGGACAGCCUGGUGACCGACCUGAGUGGACGAGCCCUGGACACAGCAGCCAGUAUCACCCGGGAAGUCCUCCAUGCCUUGGCUCAAAGCAGAUCCAUGAUGGCCACUCAGGUGGCCCCUCACGUGGCCCCUCGGCUCCCCCCAGAGGCUGCUGUCUUUUUAGCACCCAUGUCACCGUCUGUCCCCUCCUCCUCCAGCAACCAAAUUUCACCUGCAGCAGAAGGAUAAGUGAAGAAAUGAGCCCUGUGCCAGAGGCUUCCAAUGACUGGACAUCCUUCUCCCAAACCCUCUUCAGCAUCCUGGAUCCUGGCCCAUGGAUAAUUAGCUGACCCUUCUCAGCUGUACCUCCCCCACGCUACCCACGGGCAUUA